AUGGCGCCUUAUACGCAGCAGGUACUUAUCGCAACUGGUCAAACGGAUUGGAGCAGUCGAAUCGAUGAAGAUGGCGUCGAGCAAAGCUGGGGUAGUCUGGUACGCGGGCUGAAAGAUAUGUUUGGUCGGGGAGGGAAAUAUGCUGAUCCCUAUAAUAACUUGGUGGUUACCAAUUCCUCUUUCAAGCCUACGUCACAGGCUUCGUCGCCAUUCGCAUCGGCCUUUCUCUUCCCAGCUUUUAAAUACGUACCAAAAAUUCCAAUCGCAACGAACACAGAUGCUGAAACCGAACCGAAUCUCGAAUCGUUUGCGCGCGCAUACCUUCUCCCACACAACCUCCAUUCGGCGCAUGCGGGCAUUCCGGAAUCACAGCGACAAAUUAUGACGCGCUCGCCGGAAUUUGCCUCUCAGUACUUCCCGGAUGCACGGGAUAUCCGGCAGUCACCUACAAUAUUGAUUUGCGGGCAUGGAGGUCGUGAUAUGCGAUGCGGUAUUAUGAGGCCUGUCUUGCAAGCCGAAUUCGAGCGUGUGUUGCGACGGAAAGGGUUUGCCACAAAUAAUGAUGGCGAGGGGGAAAUUCAGAUUGAUGGACCGGCGCAUGCAAACAUUGCAUCUAUCAGUCAUGUCGGUGGACAUAAGUAUGCCGGUAACGUGAUUAUAUACAUCCCACCAGCCCUUAUGACGACUUCUUCCUCGUCUGGUACAAUUGUGUCAAGUCCAAGUCCGCUGGCCGGCAAGGGUAUAUGGUAUGGACGAGUGGAGCCUAAGCAUGUGGAGGGCCUUGUCGAGGAGACAAUCUUUAAUGGAAGAGUUGUUGAGGACCAUUUUCGUGGGGGGAUUGGUAUGGAUGGGGAGAUUUAUAGACUGUAG